GUGAAGGAUUGACCAGCACGAGCAAGGAGGAGAAGCGUCAGCCGAAAAUUCCCGAUCCAGAGGAACCCAUUGUGAUUUCAGAAUGGAGGGCCAAGCAGACUCGUCCCCUGUGUCCUGAGAAGGACGGAGAGCCUCCGAUUCAGAGCGCUCCCAAGAAGCAGCAAAGAAAUCACCCCGGGGAGGAGGGGCGGAAACCUGUUCCCUUCCAGGGGCCUCUCCUCAGCAAGGCCUUCGUGCAACAGCAGAGCUACACGAGGAAAGCGGACGCCACUUGUAACAUCAUCGUCCAAGGCUUUGCGCAGAGGCCAAGCUUCGUGGGUUGCCCUGACUGUGGGAAAGGCUUCAUCGAUAACGCCACCCUCGCUCGGCACCGGAGAAUCCACACCGGAGAGAAGCCCUAUCAGUGCUCGGAAUGCGGGAAGAGCUUCAGCCAGAACGCCACUCUCAAGGUGCAUCAGAAAACCCACUUGGGGGCGAAAGCAUUCCAGAGCUCGCCGCUGACCAAAAACCCGAGGCUCCACACGGGGAGCAACCUGCCGUCCGGCUCGGCCAGCGGGGUCUCCUUCGGUGCUGGCCCUAGCCUCGUCGGACGCCGGAAGACUCACGUGGGACCAAAGCUGUUUGAGUGCUCAAACUGCGGGAAGGGGUUCAGCCGGAUAGCGCACCUCAUCUCGCACGAGAGAAUCCACACAGGAGUGAAGCCCUUCGAGUGCUCGGACUGUGGGAAAAGCUUCAGCGACAAGUCAAACUUCAACAGGCAUUACAGGCUCCACCUGAGAGAUAAACAACAGUCCAGUUAG